CAGCCGGAGCGCGCUCCGCGGCCGCCGGGCAGAGUUCCGCUGUCUGUUUUUCCCUUCGCUCCACGGACCCCGGCUCGCGGCGUGCUGGGGGCUGGCAGAGCCCAGAGGCGGCUCCCCUCGGGCGAGCGUCGGGGCCGGGGGUGGAGAGCCUCCGACGUCUCUCUCAGCCCCGAGGAUUGCCAGGAGCAGCUGCUGGGGGAGUAGCCGAAGCCAAGAUCACACAGGGCCCCCUCGAUGUGGGGCCAGCCCCGCUCAGUGCACCGAAGCUUCGUCCUUCAUGGAGACCGGCUUCCAGGCAGUACCCUCCCAGGAGGCUGGCUCAGGACACGGACUGCAGAGAGAACACCUGGUAGCGAGUCUCGGCCUCCAGCUCUCCUCCCAGGCAGUGCAGCAUGGCGAGGGUGCGGAAGAAGCAGCUCUGGGCGUCCUGCCUGUGCCUCACUGUGGCCUCCUUUCUUCUUGUUUCAUUCCAGGUGGUCAGUGAGCUUGGCAGACUUGAAAGGCUGAAGACAGAAAACUCCAAUCUGAAAGAUGGGCAUCAGAAACCUGAAGAAGCCCCCAAACAUCUCCAUCCAUUCCUUAAGAAAGGACCAUACCCGAGUAAGAAGAAGGUUUCCAAAGCAGACAACUAUCCCAUCCUGCUCUGGUGGUCCCCACUGACUGGGGAAAUGGGGAGGCUAGGUCACUGUGGAGCAGACACUUGUUUUUUCACCAUCAACCGGACCUACCAGCAUCACCAUCUGACCAAAGCGUUCCUGUUCUAUGGUACCGACUUUAGCAUAGACAGCUUGCCUCUGCCUCGGAAAGCCCAUCACGACUGGGCCCUCUUUCACGAAGAGUCUCCCAAAAACAACUACAAGCUCUUCCAUGAGCCCGUCAUCACUCUGUUUAACCACACGGCUACCUUUAGCCGCCAUUCCCACUUGCCCUUAACCACCCAGUAUCUAGAAGGCGUGGAGGCUCUGAAAUCACUUCGGUACGUGGUCCCUUUGCAGACCAAAAACAGCCUGAGACAGCGCCUGGCCCCACUGGUGUACGUGCAGUCUGACUGUGACCCCCCCUCGGACCGGGACAGCUAUGUGCGGGAGCUGAUGAGUCACGUCCAGGUAGACUCCUAUGGGGAGUGUCUGCGAAACCGAGAUCUGCCCCCGCAGCUGAGAAACCCGGCUGCCAUGGAUGACGACGGCUUCCACCGGAUCCUCGCCCAGUACAAGUUCAUCCUGGCUUUUGAGAAUGCCGUCUGUGAUGACUACAUCACCGAGAAGUUCUGGAGGCCUCUGAAACUGGGCGUGGUCCCCGUGUACUACGGCUCGCCCAGCAUCGCCGACUGGCUUCCCAGCAACAAGAGCGCCCUUCUGGUAGCUGGGUUUGCUCACCCUCGGGAGCUGGCCGGCUUCAUCAAGCAGCUGGAUAGCAACGACAAAGAAUACGAGGCCUACCUAGAAUGGAAACUAAAGGGCGAGAUCUCCAACCCCCGGCUUCUCGUGGCCUUGAAGGAGCGCAGGUGGGGAGUGCAGGACGUCACCCAGGACAACUACAUCGACGCCUUCGAAUGCAUGGUGUGUAAUAAGGUGUGGGAGAACAUCAGGCUGCGGGAGAAGGGCUUCCCCCCUAAGAGGUGGCAUGCAGACGUGACGCACCUGAGCUGCCCCAAGCCGCAGGCUUUUGCUUUCCCGGUGCCCGCUCUUCAGUGGACCUCUCUGCGGGAGAUGUGGAUCCCGAGCUUUGAGCAGUCCAAGAAGGAAGCCCGAGCCCUUCGGCAGCUGGUGGAGAGGAAUCGGAAUUUCACUGCACAGGAGUUUUGGACCCUGGUGUUCAGAGACUGACUUCAGAGAGCCCUUAGGAUCGUUGGUUUAGAGCUGGUCCGUCGUACCUUCAGGCCCUGCCUGGACUCCAGCCACAGUACCGAUGGUAUUGCCGGGAGGAUGGGAGGCUGUUCUCUAGGUUGCCUUAAUAACAUUUCAAGUCAAUAAUGAUGAGAAUGUUGUUUGGUUGGCUUAUCCCCUGGAUAGGCGUUCAUUGGUGCAGUACUCACAGUGAGCCCUGUCAGUUAGUUCCUACAAAGUACCCUUAGAUGUCACCCUUAUAUUUUUAUAUUAAAAAAGUAUUUCUUGUAGGCAUUCAUUUUACCCACUUUAAAUGCUACAUCAAAAUUCCCGCUGCCUUUAUAUUGAGAUCCAUGUCAAUGGGCAGUGCCCAUUUCAGUGCCUGGGGCAGAUGGCACGUGGACAUGUUUUGCACGUUGUGUCAGUCAUUCUUGCCAUCAGGACGCUGGGUAGCAGCCUUUCUGGAAGCCGAGCAUGAAAGAGAAGAGUGCAGGAGCUUGGUCCUGGCAAGGCCCAUCUCUGGUGUCCAGGGAGCUGGGCACAGCUUACUGAUAUUCUGUGUCCCAGACCCUUCAAACUCUGUAAGUGUGAGUGGUUGUAUUACUAGUCACUCUGAGAGCCCGAGAGUGUCUACAGCUUGGCACGAUGGAGAGAGAGCCGGACGGGAAUCAGGAAACCUCGGGUCCAUCCAGCUUCUGAAAGUUGUUGUUCCAUGACCUUCCGCGACCUCUCUGGGCCUCUGGUUCCAGAUCUGCAAAUUGGGGAGAAUGGUUCCUACAUCUCAAGGUUUUUGUGAGGGUCAGAGAAGCUCGUGUGUGCACUUUUAAAUGUUACAGGAAUGUCCGUUAUUUCCAAUCCCUGCCUUGUCCCCCCCAAAGCUUCUGUGCACCCUUACAAAUUUGAAAGAUUGUGCCUUCUGCAUUUCCUGGCCCCAGAGCAUCCUAGGAUCCCGAGCUGAAUGAGAGCCCGAGGCCGCUGGGCCAAUGAGCCAGGAGAGCAUGGUGGAGCCCGAGUCAGUUUGGAUCCCGGCUUUGCUGCUUCCUUAGCCCUUCUGUGGUCUGGGACAAGUUGCCUCCUUUUGGACCAGAUGCCGCGUCUUGGUUUCCUUCUCUUUCAGAUGAAGGGAUAGCACGAGAUGACCUCUGUAGAGAGGGGGAGUCACUGGCCAGAGCAGCCCCCUUGCUCCUGGAUCCCCCAGAGGCACAUCUAAGACAUGCCCACUUUCCCAUAGUUAGACAGACAUUGGGUUAGUGGUAUAACUUAGCCAGGAAGAAAGAGAAAAAGAGUCUCUACUCACAAGAACCUGACAUUCGAAUGAAGGAGACAGAAAUACAUUAAAAAAAUUACAGAAUA